UCACAUUUAUCAAGUUGUCACCUUAAUUGGCUUGGCUCUUUCUACUUGUCCUUUCAACUCCUCACCAUAUACUAUUAAUCUAAUAUUAUUGAUACUUUUUAGUCGGCCUUAUUUAUCAGCCUAUAUAAUUAUUUGUAAGAAGAAGCAGUUUUUGAUUUCUACUCGCCCUUAUCAUUUUCUCCAACAAUAACAUCUUGAUUCAUUGUUAUAUAAUACAAUACGUGUACGAGAAAUGGCUGAAGGAAGGAGAUUAGGAGUGGCAUUGGAUUUCUCAAAGGGAUGCAAAGCAGCAUUAAAAUGGGCAAUUGAUGGGCUACUUAGAAAGGGUGACACCCUUAUUGUUAUACAUGUUAAGCACUCUCAAUCCUUAGAGUCUCGUAACCUUAUUUGGUCCGACACCGGAUCACCUUUGAUACCACUUGCUGAAUUUUGUGAUCCUGAGGUGAUGCAUAGCUAUGGAGUAGAGCGUGAGCCUGAGAUUUUCGAAUUACUUGAUGUCAUAUCUAAACAACUACAGGUAACUGUGCUUUGGAAAAUUUACUGGGGAGAUGCGAGGGAAAAAAUUUGUGAAGCAGUUGGGAGCAUGGAGCUGAAUACUUUGAUCAUGGGAAGCAGAGGCCUUGGUUCCAUCCAAAGGGUACUGCUAGGGAGUGUCACAAACUACGUGCUAGAGCAUGCAAGCUGCCCUGUGACAGUUGUAAAGGACUCGCGGCCAUGAAUAUAAUGCUGAAGAGUGAAGAAUGCCAACAACUUUGUAACAUUGAAUAUUGCUUCUAUUCUACUAGUACUUCUAUUUUUAUUGGGUGUGAAUAAUCUCUGUGUUUAGCAUCACUAUUGCAUGAAACAGAACAAUCAUUGCUGGUUUGAGCUUUUUAUUUUCUUGGAAUUUUUAUGUGAUAUUAUUGUCAAAUGAUGUUGCAAAUAAUUGCUUAUCGAUCACUUUGGUUUUAUAUGCAACUUUUGAGCAAGACUCUUUGUCGAUGCAUA